AUGGAGGUGACAGAGGGAAAUGUCACAACAUUCUACUCCGUACCCAUUUCUAGGGCAGAGAUGUUUAUUUCAGACGACGACCUUAUUUUUGUCAAGAGAGUACCAAUUCUUUACCGCACUUUAUCUAGGCCUUGGUUAACCGAAUAUCUAACCAAGAACACUUCGCGUCCUUAUUGGUCAGAAGUAUUUAUGAAUGUGUAUGGCGACUACGCCAUCAAUUUUGUUUGCCCAAUUUUUUUGAACGACAGUGUAGCUCAAUGGAGGAACACGAGCUUGUAUGCUCCUCUCGACGACCGACCAUUUAUUCAAAUAGAUCAGUUAUAUGGACUUGUGGGAGUCCAGUUUACUGUGAGUUAUCUCACAUCUUUUCUAAGAAACAUUACUAACGGAAGACCAGAGCAGACAUUUAUCAUGAAUAAGAAAGGUCAGAUUCUUGGCCAUAGUAGCCGUAUGUAUGCCAAUGAGAACAAUAUUGCUCGAUCUAUCCUUGAUAACGGUCUAUUAAGAAAUGAUUCUGGAUCUUUUCGCUACAAUCACGAACUGAUGGUAACUACGGCACGAAUCUAUGAUGAUUAUGGUUUAGAUUGGGCUGUUGUAGUUGUGAGCAUGGAGAAGUCUUUUGUAGCAGAAAUGUUGACAAGUGGAGUUGUUGCGUUUGUUCUCUUUAUUUUGCAGCUCAUGGUACAACCAUUCAUAGUAUUCAUCAUUUUGCAUUACAUUUCUCAUAACCUGUAUUCCAUUGUGAGGAACAUGACCAAGUUUCUCUCUCUACAAGGACUAGAACCAAAAGAUGAACACAAAGAAAGCAAAUCCUUCCUUACAGAGAUUUACGAAAUGAACCAUACUUUGAACACAUUAAGGAACGGAUUGGCCUCACUUUCAAAAUACGUGCCUCAUAUUUUCCAAAAGCGCCUGUCUCGUACUCAUUCCGUACCUGAAGACAUUACUAAAGUGGGAAUGAAACCAAGAAACAUGACCGUCAUGUUUUGUGGCAUUGUAGGCUUUACAGAAAUUGCUGAGACAGCAAAUCAUGUCGUUUUUUUGAACGUUGUAUCUGAAUUUUUUGAAACAGUUUGCAGAAUUGCUGAAACUCACAAUGGCGUCGUUGACAAGAUCAUUGAGGGAUCGGUGAUGGUACUUUUCAAUGAAGACCAUCAUGAAGUUUGUGCUUGUAGAGCUGCACUGGAUAUACUAGAAAGUUUAUCGGAAUUUGAGAUGAAAUGGAAAGAAUGCAACUUUCCCAAGCUUCAGGUAACUUUUGGAAUUAACAGUGGAGAAAUGCUCUGUGGAUGUAUGGGAUCCAAUAACAGACUAUCUUUUACAGCAAUAGGUGACAAUGUGAACAUUGCUUCUAGAUUGCAACAUUUAGCAAGAACCUACUCAUGUUCAAUAUUUAUUGGAGAAAAUACAUUUGAAGCAUUGUCAACGAGAGGGAAUGAAUUUUUAUGCUUUUUCGUAGAUUUCAUCAGGCUCAAGGGAAAGAAACACCCAACCUCGGUGUAUUGCUUGAGAAAAUUCGAAACUGAUGCCUCAGAGGUAGAGCACAAGAUUUCAAGUGAUUUGGAUUUAGCCAAGCAAUACAUCCUUCAAGGAGAAUUCUUUCAUGUAAGGCAGGUGUGUGAGAAACUUGUCACCUUGGAUGGUACCUGUACUAUUACAUGCCGAUUGCAACAGAGGUCAUUAGAGUUGAUAGCAAAAGUGGAGCAUUGUGGUAUGGCAAGAAGUCGUCAAUUUUUGAGCUCCGAUUGUAUAUCAUAUCCUUCUACACUGUCUCAGUAA